UUCUAUAUUCCCUCUAACUGCCCUUUUAUCUAUCUAUCUAUCGCCUCUUCACCCAUUCUUCAAAACUGCAUUGAAUUGCAGCAACGACAAUAUCAACUGCACAACUUUUCCUCCUUUUCUUCCAUUUCCAGAAAUUGUCUGCCAAAACUCACUCAUCUAAAGAGAAGAUCGAGGUGUUACGUUGCAGAUCAGAUUUUCUUGAAAUCUUGGUUUUUAAUUUGCUUUUGUUUUCUUAGUACGUUUUGUUGAGUUUUAUGUGAUAAGGUUGGUUAAGAAUUUUGGGUAUUUUGAUUUCCCCAUAAUCUACCGACCAGAAGUUCUAUUUAAGGUGUAAAGAUGGAAUCUAAUGGUAUGUAUUCGAACAUGGGGUCUGGAAUGUUAGGGCUAGAAAUGUCACUUCACCAUGUCCCACCUCAACAAAACCCCCACCCCAUGCAGCACCAAUCCCACCCUCCCAUGGUGUCCUACGUUGACCACCGCCAACAAAGUCAACCGCCGUUGAGGCCAGGCGCCGGCGGCACUUACCCUUCUGGGAAUAAGCCCAAAACCACCCCCGGCUUGACCCUCAGCGACGACGAUGAUCCCGGAGGGCCCACCGCCGAUCAGAACAGCGCUGAUGAUGGGAAGAGGAAAGUGUGCCCGUGGCAGAGAAUGAAAUGGACGGAUAAUAUGGUUAGGCUGUUGAUCAUGGUGGUGUAUUAUAUCGGCGAUGAGGUUGGAUCCGAAGGGACUAGCAACGACCCGGCCGGGAACAAGAAAAAGGCCGGCGCCGCCGCCGCCGGCGGCGUUUUGCAGAAGAAAGGGAAGUGGAAAUCGGUGUCGCGGGCGAUGAUGGAGAGGGGAUUCUACGUGUCCCCCCAACAAUGCGAGGAUAAGUUCAAUGAUCUGAAUAAAAGGUACAAAAGGGUGAACGAUAUCAUCGGAAAAGGCACCGCGUGUAAGGUUGUCGAGAAUCAAACCUUGCUGGAAACAUUGGAUUUAUCGCCAAAGAUGAAAGAGGAAGCCAAGAAACUGCUAAACUCUAAACACUUAUUUUUCCGGGAAAUGUGCGCUUACCAUAACAGCUGCGCCCACGGCGGCGCUAGCGGAAGCGCCGCCGCCGACGGAGGCUCCGAUCCCACCUCUCAGACUAAUAAUCAUCACCAGAAGUGCAUGCAUUCAUCUGAGAACGUCAGAAUCGGGCCGAAUUUGGGGCCCGCAGAGGUAGAGGAACCGAAAGACAACGACAACGAAUACGAGGAUAGCGUUGAUGACGAGGACGAGGAAUCCGAGGAGGACGAAGAAGACGAAAAAUCAAGAAAGAGGGCGAGAAAGACGGAACCUUGGUCGCCCCUGCUAGAACAGAUGAGCGGAGAAUUAAGAAACGUGUGUGAAGACAGUACGAGGAGUCCGGUGGAAAAGCGGCAGUGGAUAAAAGCAAGAACGAUGCAAUUGGAGGAGCAGCGCGUGGAGUUCCAAUCCCAAGCAGUGGAGCUGGAAAAGCAGCGAUUGAAAUGGGAAAAGUUCAGCAGCAAGAAGGAGAGGGAAAUGGAGAGGGAGAAGAUGAUGAAUCAACGGAAGAAAUUGGAGAACGAGAGAAUGGUUCUUCUGCUUCACCAGAAAGAGCUGGAAUUGAACGAUGUUCAUCUCCAAGGUUACAACAGAACUAGCGAUCCGUCUUCUGUGACGGGAUGAAUUGAACACGAUCCAAUUAUAGUAUGUAGUAUUUUGCAGAAUUAAUGUGUUUGCAUUGCUUUGAAUCACCUAGUUUAAUGAUGUUUGUAGAUGUUACAGCAUGUGAAUAGGUUUAAUAUACUUUUGGUUUAGUGUGUCGUAUGAAUUCCAGAAUGUCUUUUGCGAUUUAAAUC